GAAACUUUAGAAUAAUACAUUUAUUCGCCAAUUAUAUACUGUCCUAUAAAAGGCCACAGCAUGCUCAGUUUGGCUCGAGAUAAUUAAACAGAUUCAGGAAAUAAGAAAAACAAUGGGCGGAACUAUUUUCUCUUGUGCUCCUCCAUGCACCGCCAUGCACGGCGGCGGAUUACGUCCAAGCGGCCACCACUGCCAGCAGCAAGCUGCGACGAAAGAUAAUAAAAAUUUAUGUUCUUUUCAAAUGCCACUCCACUAUCCAAGGUACAAGAAAUCGGACUACGCGACUAUGCCAGAAUGGCAACUCGACUGCCUGCUGAAACAGUAUGGACUGCCGGUGAUUGGAGACAUUGAUCAGAAGAGGAAGUAUGCCAUGGGAGCAUUCCUUUGGCCUGAUCAGUAUGAAUAGAACAAUUUUCAUUACUUUUUAAGGAUAUGGUAAUAUUUUCAUCGUUGUUUGUGAUUUGUACGAGUUUAUUUUCAUAACAGUUUGAUUGUAUAAUUAAUAUCUAUCUCUAUUUAUAAUUUAUAUACACAAAAGUAAUGUAAUAUAAUUAUGUAUAUUAUUUCU